AUGUCAUCCACUAAUUAUGAGGGCGCAAGCUCCAUGCCUCCGCCUAUGCAUCAACUAGCUAUCCCAGAGGAGCCCCCCACCUACCCUGGAGUCGUCUUCAACGGUCCCGUCAACAUCGUCGGCGCCCCGACAAUCGCAUCCGGGCCUCUCACCAUCUACAGGGACGGAGCUGUGCACAAGGACUACCACUUCUACCGUGGCUCGACACACUAUGAGACGAAUAAUACAAUCAACGUCAACCAAGGGGGCGAUAUAGAAUCUGUUCAAACCACAAAUUCUGUGUCAAGCACUGGAUCGACGCCGGCCACCACGCCAAACGAGUCAUCUACAGGGUUUACUCUUGAAGGUCAAGGCGAUAGUAUGGUGGUGGAUGGGAAAGCUCAGAACUGA